AUGCCGUAUUAUACCACGCCUCAAUUUAUGGCUAUCUUGAACAUCCUACGACUAGAACCGCAUCCGCAUUUGUCAUUUUUGAAACCAGUCAAAAAAUCGCGAUCUGAAUUGCCUCAGAAGCAUUUGAUUGAUUCCCUCAUCGGCUUCCCGGAAUCACUUCGCUACGUUGCUCAGAUUCUGCCUUCUUUUCUGCAUAUGAACAGAAACCGAAUCCAUCAACCGCUUCUGGGGUUCCAUUUGGCUACAUUUCUUGGCAUCUUCGAGACUUUGGCUACAAAAUCUGCCUUACGCGAACCAUUUCCACAGCCCGUCCUCGCGGCAAUCCUGCCUCCUAUCUUGGAAGGCCUGAAGACUCCGAUACUGGACGUCAAGAUAACGACUUACAUUCUUUUGACAAAGUUGGCACUUUCUUCAGCACUCGAAAGCAGCAUGCUUACCCAUCUCACACAGUCACUCAUUGAGAAUUUCACAGAAUAUCCCACCGACCAAAGCAAUAUAAGCAAAAGUCCAGGCUGGACAGAACAUGACGAAGCUUUAGUAAAAACGCUCAUCAUCUGGUUUCAGUGUGAUUCAAGCGGCUCUAGUCCGCAUCUAUCUACCAGCUCGUGUCACACUCUGGCGGCGAUUCCAGGUUCAGCGAAAUUACUCAUGCAUCUAUGCGAAACGGUCGAGAUGUCGGCUUUCUGGUCCGCGUUCAUCCAGGGCCUGGCGCAAGGUGCACUCAAGAAAGAUCUGGAUUCGACUGAGCUCUUGUAUCAGUUUUCACAGAUGUUUAUUACAUCCACACCCUUGCUUGAAACCACUAUCCGCAUCAUGCUUUCAACCUCGGCCGCUCUAGAAACUCCUGCUCCGUGUCUCCUGCGACCGCUCACUAUCAUCUCACAGAGACACCCCGACUCAUUGGAAAAAGUAGCUCACCAUCUCAUCGCCAACGGUGAUGUUAAUACUCGUCAGGCUGUCGAAAAUUUGCUGAGAUUGGUUUCAGGCGGCAUCGAACUCAUUUCACCCGCAAACCAAGGGGAUUUACUUGAACUUAGCAGCUCGAGCGCUAUACUCAGACACAGCGCACUUCGACGUAUCCUGGAACAACAUAGCUCCGAGUCUCCGAAGAAAUCGACCCAGUCUGAUAUUGUAAACCCCGCCAUCAAGCUUGCCCUCAGAGACCCCGAUCCGACCGUGACCGAAGUUUUGUUUGCCUAUCCGCGUGUGAUCAACAACGUCGUGACUGAAAAAGAGCUACUGUCUAUCGCUUGCAGCAUAUUCACAUCUCCACACCUCUCUCGAGCGACUUGCAUGUCGUGGUUGUCCUUUUUAAGUGGCCCAUUUCUGGACCUCCACCCCAGUAUGGCUUCUCAAGUUGCUGAAGACCUUGUACUGGACCGACUGUUUUGGACGAAAAGUCACGCAAAAGCUACUACGGUGAUUUGGUCAUCGGGAUUGCCACAGCGUCACCAAACCUGGCUGGGCACCAUUUUAGAAGGUAUUCAUCAAGGUGCAGCUACCUCCGAGGAUCCUGUCGAUCGUAUCGCAGCGAACGAGGCAAUGUUGAAUAUCAUUGCUACCGGUGCUAUCAAGAUGGGCGAUUCGACAUUGCUCAAGCUAUUACAAAGGCUCAAAGUGAAGUACCAAUCCAAAUCCUCUCUGGCAAGACUAGUCCCUUUGAUGGUCCUCAGACAGACAAUACCUAGUCUUUCACAAGGAAUGUUAUGUCAACUUGUCAAUGCCAUUGUGGACCACCAGCUAUGUACUUCCGAUGGGGAUAGCUUUACUCGAUGGAUCGAUUCUUCAGUGGACCCUUUGGCUAACAACACUGAUUCCAUCAAGGAAAAUUUCUACUCGAAGUCGAGUUCGGAGAAGUUGUUUUCUCGUAUUUCUGCAGAUACCUUGUUAAAAGCUCUGUCACAAAUCCACCGCCCCCAAGAUUUAGCAUAUUGUUGGUUCGAAACCAACGGUCAACCCUCCAAUUCGACCUCAAGUACGACCGGACCAAAUCUCGCCUCGGAUAUCUUGAAGUUACAUUACAAGCUCUACAGUGUCGGUCAUUCAGGUGGUACAAACGCUAAACGAGGUUCUCUUGGGCGGACACUGAUAGUAACUUUACUGCGACACUUGCUCGGCGAUGAAAGCUUGAUCUUUUUAGCAAGAAUUUGGACUUCCUCGUCGUACUCCAUAGCUCUUCGCAUUAUGGCACUUCAAGACGCCGCCGCAGAGAUCAAAGCCUUAUCCCCUCAGAACACCGAGUCAGGCAGCCGGCCAUGUAAAGACUUUCAACUUCUGAUUCCCAGUAUCUUGAUCGCCUUGACAGACCCCGUCAGAUCUGUCCGAUCUGCGGCUCUCGAACUGAUCACCAGUAUCAGCGAAAGUCUUGUCAAUGGCCACGAGCAGUCAACGGCGACUGAAACCGACAUCUAUGCUUACGACUGCUUCUAUGGUCCUCGUGCCAGCACGGGUCUUCAGUACCUCUCCAUCGUCGACUCGAAUCACAUCAUCAAGGCGAUCCUUGAGCACAAAGACGAGAUCAUGGUCAAUGGCCUUAUUGUUCUGCGACAGCUUCUAGGCCAGCUUACCACUCCCCGCGCCUCUAAAUCCUCGUCUGACAAAACCGCCAAACCAUCUGGUGGGGACACAGGAAAGAAGAGUAUGGACGAUGCCAUCAAGCGAAAAGUGCUGUGCUUCUUCAUGAAGGUAGUCAACUGCUGGGAAGAUUUGGAAGGCCGGAUCAAGAUUUUGAGAUGUUUGACAGAGAUGACAGACCCUUCCCGAAUGCAUCUUGUUUCCCCCCUUCUCCAGCAACUGUCUAAGGGGACUGGCGUCCAACCUCUAGCCACUGAUCCAAGCAGCUCUUCCGCUUUGAAAGAGUACGCUUCUCUUCUGCUACAAACUUAUGUCGCACCCGGCAAAUCGUUCAGAGCCGGCAAAGACUUGCCUUCGUACGAAGUUUUUGUUGCUGUAUUAGAGUGCUCGCCUGACAUUUCGAUGGCGCGUACCCUCCCUGCAGCUGCGGUAGAGCGCCUGGAGAGCAGCCUAUUUUUAGAUCUGUCUCCUGCUCAUAAGGAGGACAUUCUUCGCCGGAUUCUGAUCCUCGCUUCUUCUGAGAGGGACAACCGGGCGCUAUUCGUCGCAUGUCUCCGCCAUCUACCAAUUGACUCGGUCACAUUUAUCAGAUUGCUGACUUCGCUCGUUGCGCAAAUAGCAACCAAGCGACCCGUCAGCCACAAGAAAGCCAAGACUGCAUCUGGAGCCACCCUUACGAUCACUGCAACAUCAGAUAUAUCGACCCUAUCAAUCUUAUUAGAGAUGGUCUCAAUGGACAAGCUUACUCAAAGCUUCGAGCUGUUUGCCGUCCUACUUGAAACGCUACGUGUACUGUUAGUGAUUCAUGGCAGCAAAAAUGGUGAUAUUGGUUUUCCUGCACAACUGGUCAUAGCAGGGAUGGCUUCUGUCAUUGCUAAGCUAGAUCCGGACCAAUUUAAACCUCAUGAGAUCCAGCUGACCCCGAUUGUGGACUAUAUGCGCAUCUCACUGGAUCCUCAUGUAUCUCAACAGACUAUCUUGUUGAUGGCCGAGUUAGCGCGCCUGUGUCCUGACCAAACCUGCCAGAGUAUGAUGCCGAUCUUCACCUUUGUGGGAACUCAUGUGAUACAAAGAGACGAUGCCUUCAGCGCGCGUGUCGUAGAUAAGGCCAUUCAAGCAUUGAUCCCGCCAAUCAUCCAAAACGUUCGCUCCAAGGGUACCACGCGAGUCCAAUUGAUCAUUCAUUUGCGCGAUCUUCUCAUGAUGUUCGUCGGGGCACGAAACCAUAUUCCCAAGCAUCGAAGAACUCGCUUGUUUGUCCGCUUGAUAGAAGUCCUCGGGCCAUACCACUUUCUUGGAGCAGUGAUGAUGCUCUUGGUCGACGCUGGCAGGGAUGAAGUGGGAGGCUCCUCUGCUUCUGAUCUGGCCUUAUCGGUAUGGGAAUCGUUUCCAGGAGAGAUAUGCGUGGCGCAUUUCAGUGAUCCUGAUGCGAUGGUCGAAGACGUUCCAUCCGAGGCUCAUAUCGAGGUCAACAUCAGUCGUGCGAAGAUGUUGAUGCGCUUCAUUGAUGAAGCUUUGAGUUCAAAAUCGAUCGAAUCCAAAUUGAACUCCGCUCGAUCUACACACAACAUAGACGCCGAUCAAGUUUUGGCUUUUUUCAUGAUCCAGCUUCUGGAAAUUAGUCAACCGUACUCUAAAUUGACUAGUGAUGAACAGGCUCAGGAGGGUCGCGCUAUAGCACGUAAGGUUGCUAAACUUGUUGCCUUGCCAUUCUUUGCACGAGUUCUCUUGCCCAAGUUGCAAAAUGACAAUGACAGACUGGUUUCGUGUGCGCUGGACCUUCUUCGAACACGUUUGCCUCUAAUCAAGCCUUCUGUCAGAUCAGAAGUUGAAGAAUGUGUGAAAUCGGCUAUCGCUACAUGUGGAAAGCGGAUCAGCAUCGGCAUCACUGGCCCGUCCGACUCUGAGCCCCAUCUUCAGCUUUCUUACGCCGUGGAGAUAUUGGGAGAUAUCGCGCUCAACUCUACUAACUCAGAGCAAUCGUGUCUCAGUCACCUCUAUUCCCCUCUAGUCUCGAUGGUCAAAUCAUGCCCACAUACUAGUCUAGCUGGCACAAUCCUCACCGUUCUUUCUCACCUUGUGAAAAAACUGGGGCCAAGACUGCUGCCACACGUACAAAUGACCAUUACCACUUGCGCCAGUCUCACAAAAGACGUCUUGACCACUCAGCAUGAAAACAUCCGCUAUGACGUCGCUCACAAGGCAUUUGCACUUAUGGACAUCACACUUCAAAACUCGUCUUCCUUCAUCUUACCCUAUUUAGUUACAGUCGUGAACGUCCUAGUUGAUCUCGAAAUCAAUCAAGCGUUAUCAAGAUCUACGCUCACAACAGUCACAUCCUCCCGAGCCUCUCUAUUGAGGACCUUGACGAAAUCUGUACCUCUAGAGGAGCUGGACAAGACCUUGAUCAAGAUGUGGCCUUCGAUGGAUCUGUGCUGCGAGACUGUGCUGGUGUUGCUUGACCUUCUUUUGCGUGCGAUCAAACAUACCAAAGUUCCAAGUGCGAUCAAGGAGAGCAAGAACAUUUUCAAUUUUUUGUUGAUGGUCUUUGAUUUACGUAGAACGCACCGCAAGCUUUUUUCGGAUGCGGAUUUAUCAGAGAUCGAGACCACUGCGUCUUCUGUAUUCAUGACGCUAGUCUUGAAGCUCAACGAUGCGACCUUGAAGCCUCUCUUAAUGCGACUGAUUGACUGGGCAGCUAUGAAUGAUCCGGAUGAUAACACUGAUUCCGGAAUACAAUCGGCCGGAAUCACAAAAAGUAUCCCAAUGUAUCGAGUAUUUGCAACUUUUCUCGAUCGAUUACAAGCAUUGGGAGUUCCUUACUAUAGUCACCUCUUGGAUCACACCAUCACACUUUUGAACGGAUUUGCUGAAAAGAAAUUCAUUUGUGAAGAGCUUUGGUUUCAAUUAGCUCGCACUCUAGAGAAUGCAUUACAACAUGAUCAAGACGGCUUUUGGACUAUGACUCGAUUGUCAAAGGUCACAAGGCCCAUGAUUAAACAACUGCGAUUAGCUGGAAAGAUUGACAACGAGUUAUUCGUACCACAGCUCAAGCGAUUGAUAUGCAAGCUUUCACAAAAGGUAGUUGACCAUGAUACCCUCCUGAAAGUCUUCAGUAGUGGUAUCCUCGAAGAACUUAGGUCGACUGAAGAAGUGAAAGUGAAAUUGGCUGGGUUGAGUACAUUAGAAGAGAUUUGGGUUGAGAUUGGAAGUUCUUUGAUCGGGUUUGUGCCCGAGAUGGUCGGUGGAUACUUGGUGGAAGCUAUGGAAGAUGGAGAAGGUGGUAUUGAUGUGGCAGCAAAGAGGGUAGUGAAAUUGAUUGAAGAAGAAUUAGGAGAGGGAAUCGAAGGAUACCUUGCUUAG